AUGAGUACACUUACCAGGCAACUGGUCCUUCUUGUCUUCUUGGGCGGCUUGGGCGGCUUGGGGGGCGGCCGCGGAGGUGGGGAAGGAGGGGGGCUUUUGGGCGGGCGCGGGGGAGGUUUGGGGGGAGGGCUUGGGGGAGAUCUAGGGGGAGGGCGCGGGGGCGGUGGCGGGGGCGGGUUUGGGGGAGGGCGAGGGGGCGGUCUUGGCGGAGGGCUAGGAGGUGGACUCGGUGGGGGCGGGGGACUAGGGGGCGGGGAAGGCAGAGGUGGCGGGGAUGGUGGCGGGGAAGGGGGAGACGGCGGUGGAGGCGACGGCGGCUUUGGGGGGCUUGGGGGAGGUCUCGGGGGGGAGGGCGCCCUGGGCGGGGAAGGUGGCUUAGGCGGAGACGGCGACGGCGGGGGACUGGGGGGCGGGGAAGGCGGCGAUGGCGGUGGGGGCGAUGGAGGGGAGGGGGACGCUACAAACUUCUGCACGCAUACGGCUGUAGCGAAGAAAUCAUUACCGGACUCGGCCAUGCCGAGAUUGAUAAACCCAGCUGUAUCGGUCUGA